AUGAGCAAAUCAUCUAGGGAAGAAUUGGUCAAAGAAACCGAAAUAGACCCACAGUUACAGAAGUUGAAGGAAGUAAUAGUCACUGAGACGAAUUAUAAAAGUCUGUUUAAAUCUAAAAAAGAAAUAGUUCCUAAAGCUCUGAUCCUAAAAAUGGUGAAACGAAUUCAGACUGCUCACCUGGGCAUCCAAAGUUGCUUACGGAGGGCACAACAGUUAUUGCAUUGGAGAGUACUCAACCAAGAUGUGAUAGGCUACAUAGGAAGAUGUCCAGUUUGCCAGAAACUCAAGAGAGCUAAUAACGAAGAACCUAUUCCAGAAUUACGUAGAGGGACAGAGAAUAAAAUUCUCAAACUUCUCAAUCCUCCUAUAGAUCAAGGGAUACAACAACUAUUCCGGAUUCACAGACAUCAAAUUGCUGGGAAAUUAACAGCCACCGAGACGAUAGAGCACCUCAAAAAUUGUUUUUCGGUACAUGGAAUUCCAGAAGUUAUGGAUGAAUCUCAGUUUGCCUGCAGAGAGUUUAUGGAAUUUCGAAAACGAUGGGGCUUCGACCAUUCAACAUCCAGUCCACGCUUUCCAAGGGACGGUGGUCUUGUUGAAAAAGCGGUUUCAACGUCCAAACAUAUCUUCAGAAAAUGUUUAAUGGACGGUACAGAAGUGCAAUUGGUGUUAUUGAACUACCGAAACACGCCACGAAAUAACAACACUGUAUCUCCCAAUCAAAGACUAAUGAGCCGAACAACAAGGUCAACAUUACAAAGCUCUCACGCUAACAUAAAACCGACAAGAAAAGCAGAAGAUAGAACAGCAAGAGCUUCAAAUAUAACGCCAAGGGAUUGGAAACAGGCAGUGGUGGUAGAAGAAAUGGACAGAAAAGCCGAGUUCGCUUCGAAAACGGCAGUGUUGAGAAGAAAUACGACACUGUGA